AUGGAAUGCACACAUAGAUUAUAUAACCAAACGUACGGGUCUGAUUUUUCAGUCAUACUCCAGAGUGGUACAUGGGGUUUGCCUUUUGAAGCUUUGGAUAUUAUUUACAACCAGCUGUUCAUACCAACAAUUACGUACGCUUGUAGUAGUUGGGGAUGGGCAUCCCAUAAGGUGCAUGCUAAGAGAAAGCUUAACUCGGCCCAGAGGAAGGCAUUAAUUUUAUUGACGAAAGCUUAUAAAACAGCGCCUACCUCUGCCUUCCAGGUAAUCGCACGAAAACCACCUAUUGAAAUGCAUAUAGAUUAUUUUAGUCAGAUCAGUCACUUUAAAUGGGGGGAGGACGUACAAAUUAAUACUGGUACAAUAACUGCGUCAGAUUUGGAACGUCCAACACCAUUGUCCUUACUCCCAAAUCCCUGUGAGUUACCAAUCCAAAUUACAGAUACUGAUCAAGAGAACGAUAUAGUUAUUUUUACUGAUGGCUCUAAAAAUGAAAGGAACGUAGGAUGUGCUUUUGUGGUUUACUCAAAUAACAUCGAGAUUGCUUAUCAAAUGUUUCGGCUGGGAGAACUCUCUACAGUCUUUCAGGCAGAAAUGUUCGCAAUUCUUCAGGCCCUUAUCUGGGCCAAUCAACAUUAUUCCUUUACAAGAAUUACAAUAUGUAGUGACAGCGCUUCUUCACUGGCCACAAUUAAAAGCACUAAAGCUCACCCAUUGUCUACAGCUAUUAAAAAGUCUGUUCUAAAUUCAAAUAAUGACUAUAAAUUCAAGUGGGUAAUGGCACAUAGGGGGACUAGCGGAAAUGAAAGAGCAGAUCACUUGGCUAAACAUGCUGCUAAUAAUGAUCAGCUUAUAAUUUCUUAUAACAAGAUCAGCUUGAAUACUAUCAAGGGCAUUCUUUGGAGCAAUAUGCUCAACAACUGGCAGCAAAAAUGGAACAGCAAUGAGGGUAAAAUUACUUACAAAUUUUUUCCAAUCAUUAAAGAUAUCUUUAAAUACACAUGGAUGAAACCAUGUUUUUGGUCCACUCAAUUUUUCACCGAUCAUGGUAAAUUUGCCAAGUACCUACACAGAUUUACUGAAUACAUCAAUAAAGAAUGUCCAACUUGUAAAAUUGAAGAUGGGAGCACUCAUUAUAAUUAUAUCUUCAACUGCGAAUUUGCGAAGAAAUCUUCCAAUAUAGAAAUUGCUAGAGCAAGAACUGUUCACGAUGCAAAAUGA